GGCAAUUGGGGAUGGACAAUAAAUGCUGGCCUAGCCAUCAAUGCAUUCAUAUCAUGAAUGAAUAAAAAAAGUGUAUAUUACGAACUCUUUUGCUGUGCCCCUAUUGUGUUACCUGUGUUUGUUUUUCAGUUUCUAGGAAAUGAAUAACACAUGUUUGGACAUCAACCCUCAGCUGGAGAAGUAUUACCUUCCAACCAUGUAUGCAAUAGAGUUCCUUUUAGGACUGGUCGGCAACCUUUCUGUGAUAUGGGGCUACUUAUUCUGUCUGAAGGAAUGGAAGUGCAGCAACAUCUACCUUUUCAAUCUUUCCGUCACCGACCUGACUUUCAUUUGCACCCUUCCCAUGCUUGUCGUCUACUAUGCCAAAGGCAACAAGUGGGUUUUUGGUGACAUCAUGUGUACAAUAAAUAGAUACAUCCUACACGCGAACAUGUACAUCAGCAUCUUGUUUCUCACCUGCAUCAGCAUCGAUCGGUACCUGCUGGUGGUGAGUCCAGUGAAGCUUCACCAUUUUCAGAAAAAGUGGAACGCUGUUGUAAUCUGUCUCAGCAUUUGGGUUUUUGUAACACUGGAGUUGGUGCCUCUCUUCAUUUUUAUUGAUGUUCAUGCAAUAGGUAAGAAGUCCUCCUUCCAGUGUUUGGAUUAUGCCAGCUCAGGAAAUCCCUCCCAGAGUCUGAUUUACAGCAUCUGCCUCACAGUUUCUGGUUAUCUCUUACCGCUCUGCGUCAUGUUUUUCUUCUACAUCCAAACUGCACGCAGCCUUAAGAAAAUAAUGCAACAGCGCACCAAGGUUCAGGUGGAAAAGCCGCUUACCUUGGUCAUAUUGGCCAUUGUCAUUUUCUUGAUAUUCUUUACUCCUUAUCACAUAAUGCGCAAUGUUCGUAUUGCUUCCCGAGUGGAGAACAGCACCAUGUCAGAGUGCAGCAAAUUAGCUGUAAAGGCUCUGUACACUAUCACAAGGCCCAUAGCUUUCCUCAACUCCAUUACAAACCCCAUUUUCUACUUCAUGUUGGGGGAUAAGUUCAGGGAGCAGUUUUUCAGCAGG